UGUAUUUAACACAAAUGUUUUUAGCACAACCAACACACCCAGGGAUGGAAGGAAGGAGAUGACAUGGGAUGAAAUGAACAUAUUGGCCACUCAUCAUCCAGCAGAUAAAGACUAUGGCCACAUGAAGAUAGACGAACCUCUCACACCCUACAGCAAAUAUUCAGACCCCGAAGAUGAGGAUGGGGAGACACAACAAAGACGCAGCAGCAUUAGCGAGAAAGAGAUUGAACUCAACGCAGAGACAAUAGCUUCAAGAUUAAAUGAAGAAGGCAUUAAUCCCACUGUGUUAAGCCAUCCUUCAAUUGACGAAGAAUCAUCUUCUGAUGAGGAGCUAGAAGAAACUCCAGAAAAGAAAGCUGUGAGGAAAGUUUUUGAACAAAAGAGGAAGCUGCACUACAAUGAAUUCCAGGCUGUUAAAUUAGCCAAGCAGUUGAUGAAAGAUGAUGAUGAUGACGACGACGAGGAUGAGGAUGAUAGUGCUAACAAAUUAGAUAAUAAUGUGACGGACUCAAGUCAGCAGCCAAAUAUGGAUUCAGCAUUAACGGAGCAGAGUGAACAAACGGAAGGAAAAUGAUGUAUAGAGUACUGUUGUUAGACUUUGUACCUAGAUAGCAACAUAUCCCCUGUUGUGUUAGUUUAUACAAUAACAAUUAGCAUGGUGUUUUGUAAUGUUGGGUAUGUGUAAGCUUGUUAUGGUGUGUUAAUAUAUACCGAUGUUUAGUCUCCAUGUCUCCCCGACUGUUCAAACCAUUGUUUUCUAAUCCCAAAAGGAUAACGAAUUGCAAAUAUUUGUCCUGGCAAUCAAAACAAAGCAACUUUGAUGCAUAUCUAGUGUUUGACUUCCUUCCCCUGGAUUUUGUCUAUUGCGCGACAGAAAGGGCACAUUUCAAAAGUCUAAAAUCACAGCACAUAUUGAUGUGGAUUUGGUAAAUCUACGAUGACAAAACCAAAAUCCUUGUACUAAGGCCAGACACCAUGUCAUGAUCAGUUUGAGUGUUUUUGUGAGUCUGGUUACAAGGUCUGAACACACUCUUUGUUGGUGAUAAAAUAUCAUAGAUUUAAUAUAUAUAUGUGUAUAUAAACUAUGUUUUCGUGUGUGUGUCAUAUGGGUAAAUAUAUGUUUUGUAUGGUAAUGGGUACAUAUAUGUAUACUUCCCAACUAAUCCAAUAUUAUUGCCAACUGUAUACUGAGGGGAUUUUCUUAAGUCCAACCCUCUUGGCUGUAAAUGCUCCCAAAGCAAGUUCUCAGUCAUGUUCAACCUCAAUUUCAUUUAUUUUUUUGCGGAAAAAUACUGCAUUUUAACUAAAUUUUGAGACCGGAAAAUUCAUUUCACUAUUUGAUCCACAGCCCUUAAACGUAAAGAUGUAGACUUUUUUAUUUGUUUUGUAUAUCGGUACAUCUGUAAGUUAAUAAUCAGUGGUAAUUAUUCAUGUACUUUGUUGCAACUACAUUUUAUAUUUUUUCGAAAGGACUUGUUUAAUAAUGUUGGUAUAUUGACUUUCAUAAAAAAUAUUUUUUAUUGAAGAAGAAGUAUAUGCAAAACUUUUAAUAUAGAUAUUUAUCGAUGUGCGUACUUGUCUAACACAACUUCUGUACCCAUUUUAUAUCGAUAGAUUCCACAAAACCUGCCC